AUGGAGAACAUCAACAUUCCCGAGCUCGUCGAGCGCCUCGGCGCCGAGGAGGACUCGGUUCGCAAGAUGGCCGUAUUCAAGCUGCAGUCUGUCAUCGGCGACCCAUCGUUCGCCGACGUCUUCAUCCUGGAAGGCGGCCUCCCGAAGCUGCGCUACCUCUGCUUGAACGCCACCGGCAACACGCUCGCAUACGCCCUGACCUCUUUUUCCCGUUUGCUGGAUCUUGACCAGGGCUGGGAUCAGGUCAACCAUGACCUCAUUGAACGGGUCGUCGAGCUCGUUGUGAGCCAGCCGCUUGUGAACAUUCUCCGCGGCGCCAUGUCUAUUCUCGUUGCCGUCGUGUCGCACCCGCACUCACGCGCCUCGAUCCCACCCGGCACCUACGGCUUCCGCGCCCUCAAACCCGCCGUCGCCGUGUACCCCCAGUUCCUGGAGAUGCUCGUGAGCCGCCUGUCGUCGGCCGAUCACGCCCUCUGCGCCAAUGCGCUCCAGCUUAUCAACUCGCUCAUGAGGGAUGCCAUCACGAACGACUCGGAAGCUGAAUGGCAUGCCUUCAUCAAGAAGCUGCAAGAUCUGGGGGUCAUAGAGGCCGUCUACGUUCUGAUGCAGAGCAGUGCGCUGCAGGACUUGGCACACCCGCUAUUCGAGUUCCAGUCGCUUAGCAAGGUUCUGCUGAGGAAGUGGAGGGAGCUCAGGGUGGAUCUGGAGAAGUCGGAGCACCGUCGUGCGCUCAAGGGACUUCACCUGGCCAGCAACCCAGAAAGGCCGCCAUCGAGCAAGAGCAAGGGCAGCAAAGGCAGCAAAAAGCAUCACCCCGAGAAGUGGCGCAGGCUGGGCUUCGAGGGCGAGUCGCCGUCUUGGGAAUUUGAUCACACGGGCUAUCUGGGUCUCAUGGAUCUUACCGACUACGUCCGCAAGCACGAGGACGCUUAUCAGAAGCUUCUUCUGGAGCAGUCUAUUCAGCCUUCGGAGCAAAGGUGUCCGAUUGCACGUGCCAGUAUUGCGGUGACUAUGAUCUUGUACGACCACUUCGAGGUGGAGAAGUGCGAGAACGAAGACCAGCAACGAUACACCAUUCUGGAGUCGCGGACCAACUUCGACCGUGCAUUCAGGCCUCUUCUGCUCCAAUGGUCUCGUCUACACACCAGCGGUCUUCAGGCUUUCUUCCGGCUUUGGCAGGCUACUGGUGCUGAGACGGAGGAUUUCCAAAAGGUUGAGGAAUUGGUCCAAAUCUUAUUUGAACAGGUGAUUGGGCAGGCACCUCGUCAGAAGGAUCUUCAGGAGGUUGAGGAAGAACUCGCUGAGUUUGACUAUAAGAGACUGCGCGAGCUGCAAAUCGAACUGCUUGAGCUCACGUACGAGGAUGCAUGGGGCCACCACCUCCGCCAAGUUCGAGAUGAGCUUAACCACGAGGCUCUGCAGUUCGUUAAGGAGCAACGAAUCAGAUGCCUGCUCGCCGGUUCAUGGUUCCCGCACACGUUGGGAUACAGGGAUGAAAGUGGUCCCGUCACCAAGAACACGCUCAACCGCAUGGUACCAUCCUCGUGGCGCUAUGUCCGACUGUCACAUAACCGACGAUAUCUGCACUAUGCGGACUUCGAGAACAAGCUGGAACAGGACCCGCGCCUCGACCAGCUGCAGAAUCAAAUCGACCUUACCAUAGUCUCUUCCGUCGUCUCCAACGUCUCGGCCAGCACACCUUCCACCGCUUCCUCAGCCUCCACCCUGCGUACUCUUCCUGCGAGCACCAGCACCAAGAUCACUAUCUUCGGUUACCCCAACGAGAAGUCGCACGGCAGUGGCACCUCUUCUUCUCAACACCCGAGCACCUCACACUCCUCUCGCUCCAAUCCAUCCUCCACCAAGGACGGCGCCAUCAAAGACAUCGCAUCGGCCGCUAGCACCAAGGAAAGUGUGCUACUGACGCUGCACCCCCAGAGCCACACGCUUGCGUCCGAGUGGCUCGACGGCCUGCUCAUGCUGCUCAACCAGCAGCCCAUUACAGCCGACACCAACAAGCUCGUCCAGCUCGUUGGCGGCUACGGCCUGAAGAUCCGUCUCCUGAACGUCCGCUUCGAGGAGUUGGACUCUGGCGAGCCGGAGUUACCAACUAGGGAGGGAUUGGAUGAGGAUUAUUGGUAUGACAUUGGCGGACUGGAGGGGUCGGUGGAGUGA